UGCAAAAUAAGGUCAACACAUUCCACACUUCUCUCUCCUUCUUGACCUUUUCCCCCCAACAAACUAAACCACCAUGGAUGAUAGCAAUUCAUCAACCCCAUCAUUACCACUAAUCCAUGAUUUUAGCCUUGAUUUUGUUGAGCAAGAUUUGAACUUUAAUCAUGUUAUUGAGAUGUUAAGAGGGUCAGAAACCUCUGAUCCAUCUAGUAUUUGUGUUAAUCAAAACUUUGACCCUCUUUCUUUAACCCCAGAUAAUAAUUAUGGCAUGAAUUUCUAUCAAAUCCCUCAAGAUAAUGUUUUCAACAACUUUAGCUCUCCAACCAUGUCUUGUACUAAUAAUUCGUUGCUCAACUCUUUAUCUGGAUUCGAUGAUGAAACGGUGAGAGGAGAAGAUGAAGAAGAAGAUGAUGACGAUGAUGAUGACAACUAUUUGGAGGCCGGAGAACAUUCUUCGGCCACCACGAAGACGACAACGAAGAAAGGGAAGCUUGAUCGUUCCAGAACGUUGGUUUCGGAGAGAAAGAGGAGAGGAAGAAUGAAGGAGAAGCUCUAUGCUCUUCGUGCCUUGGUUCCUAACAUUACUAAGAUGGACAAGGCAUCAAUAGUUGGCGACGCGGUGUUGUACGUGCAAGACUUGCAAAUGCAAUCAAAGAAGCUAAAAUCUCAAAUAGAAGGCCUUGAAUCAUCUUUGAAAGCUGCAGAUAGAGGCCAAGGUUUUGCUGAUAACCCUAAGAAAAAUGCUUCUCUUGACCAGUUUAUACCAGUUUGUAAGAUAAUUAUGCAGAUGGACGUGCUUCAGAUUGAAGAAAGAGAAUACUAUGUGAAGGUGGUUAGUAACAAAGGUCAAGGUGUAGCAGCAGCCUUAUACAAGGCGCUUGAUUGUUUAACGAGUUUUACAAUCCGAAAUUCAAGCUUAAGCACUCUUUACGACCAGUUUGUACUUACAUUUACCCUAAACGUUGCAAAAUGUAGGGAAGAAUUUAACUUGCCUAACAUGAAAGUGUGGAUAAGCGGAGCUCUUCUUAACCAAGGAUUUGAAUUUCAAUGUUUUUAAUUAACUAAUUAUUUGUGUACAAUUCUAUUUGUGUCGAUGUAUAUCUCUUUGGUCGACUGUAUUACUUUUAACCUGCUAUUGUCUUCGUAUAAUUUACUCUUAACGUAAGAUAUGAAUCGCCUUCCCUUCAAAAUAAUAUAUAAAAAAAAGAAAAAAAAUCGCCUAAGUACAUAUGUCGACUUCAAUUCAAUGCUUUAAAACCUAUUUCACUAUUUGCUUUGCUAAUUAGAUACUAUGUAUUUAAUUAAAUGCUACAAGUAUAGAAGAAUAUCCUACCUA